AUGCUGUUUUGGAUACGUAUCGAUGGCAUUCCUCCCCACUACCAAAAGGAGGAGACUGUCAAAGGUAUCAGUGAAAAACUUGGAGAUUUGAUUGAAUGGGAGACCACCUCCGCCAGAGUUCGUGUAUCAGUGGAAUGUGAAAUCCCACUGCAAUUUGAAAGGCGUGUAAUUUUCUACACAGGGGACGAGGUGAUUGUUACAUUCAGAUAUGAAAAGCUUCAAAAAUUCUGCUUCAUAUGUCAGAGACUUUCUCACGACUGUUGUCAUUGCCCCGACUUGGAAGAAGAAAAGUGUGCGUUCAAGACAAAACACGGGAACAAGGACACGAACCAGAGGCAACAAGCUAUCUUGAGAGGAGAAGAAGGCCCAUACAUGAAACAUGGAAAACUGAUAUGGCUCAAGGAAAACAAAAGCCCUCUGUUUGUCGUGAACUCUUUGCUGAAAAGGAGGACCGACCACGUAGAAAUCAAGAAAAGACGCAAGGGUAAAUCUGCCUCAGACCCUGGAAAAGUUCGUUACCAGAGAUCCCCAUCACCGAGUCCGAUCAAGCGCUCCCAAAGGAACGAAGAUAAAGGUCGAGCUCUCCAGCCUCCCGUGAGCACAUGCAGCCAAGUGAUGGACUCAAACUCCUGUGAUCUAGAAGAGGUAAUCUCCCCCAUGAAAGAGAUGAUGGCAUUAAAAAUUCCAAUUAUUGCAGAAUCUCUUGAUGAACGUGGUGGAAGAAGAGGCAGAUCCAUUAAAAGCCGUCUUGGUCCACGCUCAAAUGUGACCCUCCAAGUCAAGAAGAAAAUCACAAGGAGUCCCACGAUGGGGCUGCUGUCCAAGAAAUGGAGCGCACCUUCUCUCGCAGAACCCUCUAAAAAAAUAGUGAAUGCAGAUUUGAUCAUCUCUCAGUGUAUUGAAAAUCCGUCGUCCUCGAAGCCGGACCCCUCUCAGGGGAAAAAUUUGGAGGAACCCAAAGAGCUGGUGGUUAAGGAGAAACCACCUGCUAAGCCAUAA